AUGAAGUCCGCUCUGACCAUCACUUUGGCCUCUUUACUGCUGGCAAGCUGCUCCGCUCAGUUCUUCAGGAGACCAUUCGGUAUUUUCGGAUUUGGUGAUGAUGACUAUUUUGAUGAUGGAAUUUUUGACGAUGAUUACUUUGAUGAUGGAUUCUUUGAUGAUGAUUUUUUCGACGACGACGGGUUUGGUUUUAGGCCAUUUUUAAGACGCGGAUUCGGUGGUAUGGGAGGCGGAUUCGGUGGUAUGGGAGGCGGAUUCGGUGGUAUGGGAGGCGGAUUCAGUGGUAUGGGAGCCGGAUUCGGUGGUAUGGGAGGCGGAUUCGGUGGUAUGGGAAGUGGGUUCGGUGGGAUAAGUGGCAGUUUUGGAGCCAUCAGUGGUGGAGCCAGUGGUAUCGGUGGCGGAUUCGGUGGUAUGGUCGGCACACAUAUAGGGGGAACUGGAUACGGAAAGAAACACUACAGCGGAUACGGAAAGACGCGGAUCCCGAAGAAAAUGUCCGGAUAUGGAAAAUCCACUGGUAUCGCUGUUCCAAUGGUCUUAGGAUACCAAUCCAUGGGAUACCAACCUUCGCAGACUUAUUAUGCUGGGGCCUCAAGCUAUCCACAGGGAGGAUACGCCGGGACCUCAAGCUAUCCACAGGGAGGAUAUGCUGGGGCCUCGAGCUAUCCACAGGGAGGAUAUACCGGAACCUCAGGCUAUCUACAGGGAGGAUACACCAGCGCUACUCCAUACUACACUUCAUCAGCCGGUGGCCAGUACUCCAAUAACUACGGAACAAGUGGUGCUUUGUACUAAAUAUUUUAGGUUAUUCUUACUGCUGCCUUGCUUUGUGUCUAUUGUGAUCGAGGAAAACAUUGUAUAUAAACUUUAAAUUAAUUGUUGGUUCGAUAUUUUCUGUAUGCAUGUAAAGAAAGAGUGCGCGCUCACAGCUUCCACGGAAUAUACAGGCAUGAUC